AUACAGAACUUUGUUCCAGCUACAUUAGGUACAGUAGCAUAAGGUAGCUGCGCGCGCGGCAGGGAAAGAGACAGCAAUAGCCAGCACCCAAGCACCUAGCGCAUCCAGCCCAGCACCCGCAGUGCAGCGCAACGCAGCCCAAGGACCAAGGACCGAGGACCAGGAAGGACCAUUCAAGGGUCAAAAGAACUCCACUACAAGGACACGCCAAUCAUGAAGAAGGUGGCCCUGGGCCGAUGGCUAACAGGUACGACACGUACCCCAUCUCCAUCGACUAAUGACACCGAGCAUCCGUCCAGCAGCCGCAGCAGCGCCGAAAAUAAUAAUAAUAAUUAUUCUGGCGCGGGCGCUGCCUCUGGUUUUGGCUUUGGUUCUGAUCUCGCCGCUGUCGCUGUUCCUACACCAACUUCUUCUCACUCCCUCACCUCACCUUCACCCUCACCACAGCCUGCCACCCCGGACGAUCAAUUCGAUACUAUUACCACCACUACCGCUACCGGUCGCAAUAACUAUUUUGCUCCCGCACACACCGGCGCAUCUAGUAGUACUCUUAGUACUUUCAGUACUCUUGGUAGUGCUAGUACUUUUAACAAUACUAACGCUAGUAAUAAUACAACAAAUACUACUACAUUUGCGGCUGCUGCUGUUACAUCUCCUCCUCCUCCUCAUCCCCCCUCCACCAAACCAAUCGACAUCGCGAGACCCACGCCACGAAUUCGUUCCUCCAACUCUGCCUCGCCGCCCCCGGGCCAACUUGACCACAACAACCUCGAGCCUGAUUUUCUUCACUUGAACGUGAACGGCGACCUCGAGUAUAACCACAAUAAUUAUAGUACUAAUAGUAACAACGAACUCGAUCUUGAUCUCGAUAUCGACAUGACCACCGGUCCUGCGCUCGACUCGGCCGUCGGCCGCAGUCGCCAGGAUUCUUUUGUCAGCGCUGGACCCAAACCUAUUUCCAUGAUCAACCCGAAUCGCGAACAGGCUAAUCGCGGCAGACGGGAGAGCUUGGCAGGUAGUCUUAUGAAUGGUAUGAGUUGGGGCGGUGCCUCCGUUGGGAGCUUUAUUCGAGAUGAGUGAGUCGCAUUCCCCUGUUUCCCACGUUUUUCUUAAUUACUUCUUAUUCUCGAACAUGUCAUCGAUCCCUUAAAUUUCCCCCGUCCCGUCUCCGUGGCCGAUUCGAGGAUUUGCUACUUCGUAACUUAGCGAUUCCCGUUUUACCCGGUGGAU